UGCAAGCGUCAGGCAGGCCGGGUCAAUAUCAAUCGGGCAGGUAGGUACAGGGGGUCAGGCAGAGAAUGGUCGGGGUCACAAGCCAGGGAUCAGAACAGGAGAAGUCAGCAGAGGUCAGAAUCAAGCCGGGUCAGCAACAAGACAGGAACAGGAACAGGAGCAGGAGCAGGAUGCAGGAACAAGAUACAGGGCCCAGGAAAAACACAACACCAAGGCAGAGUCUGCAGGUCUGAAUGUCCCUUAAAUACACCAGUAUAAUUAGUUCCAGGUGUUUGACUGGCUGCAAGGUUGAGUCUCUGAUUGCUGGGAGCACCCGCUGGCCAGCCCUGGUACUGCAGCUCACAAGGCAGGUGAGUCCCACUAUUGCUGGCCAGUCCAUUCCUGACACUCAGACUGCUGAUGAGAUAAGGU